AUGGCCGCCGCCUGUACAAGCAAGGUUUUGGGAGCUCUGCUCAUGUUGACGGCUGCCGUGGCGGUCCAGGCUUGCACGCCUGAAUGUACCGGCUGCAAUGCCUACGGGCCCUACUGGAGCGGUCAGGGUUGCGGUGACGGAUCGAACCAGGUCUUCACUAAGACGAUGCCGGACGGCACCGACCACACGGCCUGCUGCGCAGCAUGCGCCAAGUCCAAGUGCUGCCUCUUCUGGGUGUACCAGCCCGACAGCCUCGAAUGUCAGGGCUACUCCAACUGCAACCGCAUCGACGGUCAGAACACCGUUCGGGAGUGGCUGGGAGACUGGAAAGUGCUCCCAAAAUCUUGCCCGGGGUACUCGCCGCAUCCUGACGCUGAGAUUGCCUACCCGGGCCUUCACGAUCCUAACGACGCACCUUGGCCUGUGGGGGAAAACCCUCCCGUUCUGGGGAACUAG